AAAAAAAUAUGACUACAUUUGUAUUUUUUUUUAUUAUUGAUCCUCUUUGUAGUUCCACAUUUGUAUAUUAUUGUAUUAUUGAUUCUCUUUGUAUUUCCGCACGUUUUCCCUUUUAAUUUUGGCACUCCUGUGAUUCCAUAUGUUUUGACCUUCAAAGUGUUAAAAGAAUGCUACAGAAGUGAAAGUCUUGGACACAGUAAAAAAAAAUUUUUUUGUUUAAAAUUGUUGUUAAUUUCUGUUCUGAAAGUACAGGGUCUCUUGCAGGUCGGUACGGUGAGUCACCAUGAGUCCUAAACGAGUCGUGUUCAAGAAAACGUCUCGCGACAAGUCGGUGGCCAUCUACAUGUCCAACAGGGACUUUGUGGAUCACUGUGAUCACGUGGAUCCUGUUGAUGGUGUCAUCGUGAUCGAUCCUUCACAGCUGAGAGGAAAACAAGUCUACGUCAUGUUGUCGUGUACCUUUCGAUACGGGCGCCAGGACAUGGACGUGAUGGGCGUGGCUUUCAGGCGGGACCUGUUUGUGGUGACCCGGCAGGUGUACCCGGAGUUGCAGGACAGGGACAAGCUGACCCACACCAAAGUCCAGGAGAAGCUGCUAAGAAAACUGGGCGACAACGCCUUCCCAUUCUUCCUGGAGUUUCCUGAUAACCUGCCGAAUUCUGUCAGUCUGCAGCCAGCACCUACAGAUGUUGGCAAGAAAUGUUCGGUGGAGUUUGAGGUGAAAGCAUUCUGUGCAGAAAAGCGGGACGAGAAGAUCGACAAACAGAGUUCAGUUCGUCUCACCAUCCGUAAGAUCCAGUACAGUCCGCGGGACAAUCGGGUGGCUCCCGUUGCCGAGACCACCUUCGACUUCCUGAUGUCUGAGAAACCUCUUCAAGUCAAACUGAGUCUGCCCAAAGAGACCUUCUACCACGGCGAGCCGGUCCACGCCAAUGUGGAAAUCGCCAACGCCUCAAACCGGAACGUGAAGGACAUCAGCUUGUCAGUGGAUCAGGUGACCAACGUCAUCCUCUACUCCAACGACAAGUAUGUCAAGUCUGUGGCCAGAGAGGAAACGAGUGAUUGCGUUGCAUCCGGGUCCAGUUUGGAGAAGAAGUACACGCUGUACCCCCUGCUGGAACACAACAAGGAACGCAGAGGAAUCGCACUGGACGGCCGCCUCAAACACGAGGACACCAACUUGGCUUCUUCCAGCAUAGUGAAGCAGGAGGUUCUGAAGGAGCUUCAGGGCAUGUUGGUGUCUUACAAGAUGGUGUUGAAGAUGAUGGCUUCAGGACCUCUGGGAUCCAGUGAGGUUUGUGUGGAACUUCCUUUCCGACUGAUGCAUCCUAAACCAGAAGAAGCCAAAGCAACUGAGUCGGAUGACAUCUGCUUUGAGGACUUUAAACGAUCCUUCCUGAGAGGGGUGGUUGGUGACGACGAUGACUCUCCCAGCGACACUUGAACUACAAAGAUAGCCGACGCGAUGACUCCUGCUGUGUCGUUCUCCGAGCAUCCUCUAUGCGCUAGGUGCUACAUGCUAUGCUUCCGUAAGGUCGUUGAAUUGGUUGACUUGUGUGAACAGAAUACCUUUCAAUGCUUGAUUUUAUUGGCUUAAAACAUGCUGAGGUUUAUUAUUCAUGCAUGAACAUCAAAUUCUUCAUCGACUCCAACAUGAACGUAAUAAAUGAAGUUGCAAGCUAGAAAAAAAUGUUUGUUUUUCCUGUUGGACGAUUCCUUGACAACUGGCUUCUUCUGCCUGAUGAAGACAACCAAUGAAAGUUCCAAUGGUGAUCCGUCCCCAGUUUUAUUCCCAACCAUUCUUUGGGUCUGAAACAACCAAUCCACCAUCAGGGAGUUCUACAAUAGUUCUACUGGGCAUUCCCAGUAGAAUUAUUGUAGAACUACAAGCUAACUGGAUCCGGUAGUGGUUGCUGGUGUACUAUAUUCAGUCGUGUUGUAUCCCAAUGCGCCGCCCCAACUGAACCCGGUCUCCGGUGGGGUCAGGACCGGUAAGGGGCUUCUCAGCAACGUCAUGUCGCAGGAGUCCGGAUGGAGCAGGAAGCCAGUGAAGGUACUGGCGGCCUCCGCCCCAGCAAACAUGCCAUUGCUCAGGUUGUCCUUGACCUGGAUCCAGACCUGGUCUCCCCGGGACAGGUGAAGGACGACUGAAUGGGAGGUGGUACCUAAGGCAGUUGGAUCUGUCGUCUUGACAACUGGCACAAAAUUAUGGAAGAGGCCAACUUUGAGGAGCCGCACGUGGACUGUCAGGUGGUAGCUGAAAACGUAGGUCCCAUUGAUGGGAGCGGUGUAGAGUCCAGAGGUGGGGUCAUAACUGCCUUGGACGUUGUAAACGACAUACCCAAACACCACUGGAGCAUUAGGCGGGGGGUAACUGUACUGGAGUUGUGCGGCAAAAGCAGACUGGAUGCUGGGCAUACAGGGACCGGGAGGACCCAUGUAGCCCGUGUCCCCCAUGUCACCCUUAUACCCUGGUAAACCUCUGUCCCCUGGAGGCCCCAUCUGACCCUGGUCUCCCUGGUCCCCCUUGGCACCCUUCUGCCCUGAAUCACCAUCUAGUCCAUCCGUACAAUUACACUCCCCCUGAAGGCCGGGUUCUCCUUUGACACCAUCAUAACCAGGGGCACCAGGGUGACCCACAUCCCCUGUGUCACCCUUAAGACCUUUUGAUCCUGUCUCUCCCGGUUUGCCAGGAAGACCCCUUGGUCCUGCGGGGCCUGGCAGACCGGGGAUUCCUUCAGGGCCCUGGAUGGCAUCGCAUGCCUCGGGACAGACACCAUCAUCUCCUUUUGGACCUGGCUCACCUGGGAGACCCUCUAAACCCCUUUCCCCUUUCUCACCUGCAGAAUCAUAACAACAGGUCAGGAACAGAAAACUUGAACAACCCAAAUGUGUUCGUCCCCCUACCUUUGAACCCUCGGCCUCCUUUGGGUCCCACAAACCCCUGAGGCCCCUGACUUCCCUUGUCGCCCUCGUCUCCUUUCUGUCCUGGAGUUCCAUAAUGGUGACAAAGUCAAGCAACACAAACAUCAACAGCAAGUGACACCACAACCGUUACCUUUGAUUCCUGGUCUUCCCACAAAACCCGGAGGACCUCUGAAGCCAACCAACCCGCGUCUUCCAGGACUACCCGGCAUGCCUGGCGAGUUGGGUGGAGGACAUCCGAUUGAGUUGAAUAUUUUAUGCUUUGCUUCUUCCUGACAUCCACCUCACCUGGCAGCCCCCGAUCACCACGGUCUCCCUUGGCACCAGACUUCCCCUUGCAGUUUAUGCACAGACAGAACCAGGGGAUCUGGUCUGGCGGAACCGCUGCCUGCAGCAUCUGGCAGUAAGCCUGGACGGAGCCCCCUGCCGGUCCCGUUGCGUUCUCUGAAAAAAAACGUCCGUCCACAGGGAAAGGUGGGGGAGGAAUUUCCAAGGGUGGCUUCCAGUUGUCUGGAGAGAUAGGUUCAGGUUCGGGCAUUGCCGUGACAAGAGGGAGGAAGACCAACGUCAACAGGAAGUGAUGACAAGGGGUCGCCAUGGUCUGGACAGAUUUGAAAAGUCAUAAUUCAUACAAACGUCAGCCAUCUGUGGGUGGAGCCUAUUCCAGAUGACCCCAUCAGUUUCCAUUCAACACUAUUCAUAGAAGUAGUACUCAGAAUAAUACAAAUGAUUAUCCAAGUUCCAAAGCUUUGAACAUCAGUGAAUGUUUUACUUUCUAGGCACGUCAUUUUACGACUAGAGUGUAGUGGACAACAGCAACAUGAGUAUUAGUAGACAUACUGACGCAGGUUAUCAUUAUUAAGUAUAUCAUAUCCAUUUUGUGUAAUUACUUGGGCUGUCAAAUGAAAAUGUAAUCAAAUUAAUCAGUUUUCCAAUUAAUUACCAUUACCAACUAUGUGUGAAAUAUGUCAAUUUUUACUGUAUUUUAUGAGUAAAAAGAUAAAUGAUCAAAAAGAAAAAUGACAGUAUACAAUUAUAUAUACAUUUGUAUGUAUGAACAGCUCCAAAUGAAGUAAAAAAUUUAACUCAAGCUACACGUGUCUGAAAAUCGAUUUGCCUAACACUAGUCUUCUUAAUAGUAGCAAAACAUUUGAAUCACACUUUAGCCGUGUUAUUAUGGGCCAUGAAGAGUUGCGUUCAAAGACACACAGUAAUUUACGUUGAAUUCACGUUUUGAGAGUGAUGUAGAUGUAUUGUACUUCCACAGUAAGAGUGACGUUAGUUAAUGAUAAGAAUAUCCAUUUAUUGUUUUUCUUUGUCUUUCUGUUUAGUUAUACCACACAUAUGGGCAUAAUUAAGACUUUCUUGUGAUUUUCGGAGUGUCCGCGAAUGCAUCUCGUGGCCGUCUCGUGACAAUGAGGAAGUCUCGUUCCGUGGAGGAUUAGAGACGUGUUUUAUACAUACAGUUAUGGAAAAAAUGAUUAGCCCACCCUUGUUUCUUCAGUUGAUUGAUCCAUUUUAAUGCCUGGUACAUUUGUUUGGAUAAAUAUAAUUAUAACAAAUAUAGCUUAUACGAGUUUAAUUUAAGAGCUGAUAUCUAACAACUUCCAUGGUUUUCUUGAUAAUAACCAAAAUCACUUAAGUUCUUACACGAGUAGGUAUAUUAUUGUACUGCCAAAAAAUGUAACUCUUAUGAGCUAUUUUUGUUGUCGUUGUAUUUGUCCAAACAAAGGUACCUUUAGUUGUAUCAGGCAUUAAAAUGAACAAGAAACUCAAGAAACAAGGGUGGUCUAAUCAUUUUCUCCAUGGCUGUAUAUGGUGUUGGAAUUGCGCUGCUGUUGAUGUGUUCAGGUCAGAAUAAAGAGCGUCAGACUUUGUGUGGGAGACACUACAGCAGGGGUCACCAACGUGGUGCCCAUGGGCACCAGGUAGCCCCCCACGACCACAUGAGGUGCCCACAAGCCUGCUUUUCAUUCAGGUUUUCAGUUAAUAAUGAAAGAACAGUAGAAAGAAAUGCAUUCUGAAAUACAAAAUGUGAGUUGUGGACACCAGCAUUUUGUUAAUGUUCUGGUAAAAGAAGCAU